AUGGUUCGCAAACAGGAUGGAUCGUGGCAUAUAUGCAUAUACUUCUCCGAUCUAAAUAAGGCGUGCCCUAAGGACUGUUACCCCCUCCCGGAGAUCGAUCAGAAAGUAGAAUCACUACAUGGAUUUAAACUAAAAUGCUUUUUGGACGCAUAUAAGGGGUAUCACCAGAUUUUGAUGAGCAAGGAAGACGAAGAGAAAACAACCUUCUAUAUAGAUCAUGGCACUUUAUGCUACACUAAGAUGCCUUUCGGAUUAAAGAACGCAAGGGUGACAUAUCAAUGUCUGGUUGACUCGAUAUUCGCUAAGCAAAUUGGAAGGAACAUCGAAGUGUACGUGGACGAUAUGGUAAUUAAAAGCCCGAAUGAGGAAAAGAUGCUGCAAGACAUUGAGGAAACUUUCCAGACAUUAGAAGCGGUCAAGAUGAAGCUAAACCCAACCAAGUGCACGUUUGGAGUGGAAGAGGGGCAAUUCCUGGGAUACUAUAUCACCAGACAAGGCGUCCAGCCCAGCCCGACCAAGGUUGACGAGUUCAUCGAGACGCCAACCCCAAACUCCCUCCGAGAUGCACAGGGCGAAGCGAUAUCCUCGGUAUUGGCUGUGGAAAGGGAGGGGGAACAGAGGUCGGUGUACUUUGUUAGUAGAGCAUUGCAAGGACCAGAACUCAACUAUCCCACACUGGAAAAGUUGGUAUUAGCACUCAUCUACGUCGCGAGACGACUAAGGCGAUACUUCGUGGCACACCAAAUCGAGGUACUCACAAGCUACCCCGUUAAACAGAUCUUGCUCAAGCCAGAGACGUCAGGCUGGCUGGCCAAGUGGGCAAUUGAGUUGGGGGAACACGACAUAAACUACCGCCCAAGAACGAGCAUCAAAGGGCAGGCGCUGGCCGACUUCUUACUGGAGAUUCCAGACGAAGGGAACCUGACGAAAGAGAAGGUGUGGGUAGUUGAAGAGGCCUCGGCUGACCAUGGUUCAUGGACCCUGUAUACGGAUGGAGCAUCCAGCAGGGAAGGCUCGGGGGCAGGGCUGAUCUUGACUAACCCAGAAGGAGAGGAGGUAACCUAUGCCCUCCGCUUCGACUUCCAUACGUCAAACAACGAAGCAGAGUACGAAGCACUUCUUGCAGGAUUACGGUUAGCCAAGCAGGUGGGUGUGAAAGCCGUAACAGCCUUAACCGACUUGAGGUUAGCAGCAAACCAAGUCAAUGGAAGUUUCGAGAUACCCAGAAGCGAAAACAAGAGAGCAGAUGCUUUGAGUAAGCUGGCAUCCACAUGCUUUGACCACCUAUCAAAGAAAGUUUUAGUAGAGGUACUUCGAGAAAGGAGUAUAGAUGAGCAACAAGUGAACACCCUAACCCCCGUUGGACCCACAUGGAUGACACCAUACCGGGAAUACCUCCAAAGAGGAGUGUUGCCGGACGAUCAUGAUGAAACCAGGAAAAUACGUAUAAAGGCUCCCUCAUACGCAAUGGUGAAUGGAGAAUUAUACAAGAAGGGAUUCACGUCUCCAUGGUUAAAAUGUGUGGAUCAAGCCAAGGGGGUAGAGAUAUUGCAGGAGGCACACUCAGGACAAGUGGGUGCACACGAAGGGGCGAGAGCCUUGAUGGGCAAAGUGUUACGAAUGGGGAUAUACUGGCCAACGAUACAGCAGGAUGUGAUAGAAGUAACCAGGAAAUGUGGGGCAUGUCAGUCUUAUGCCCCAGUCCAGGCGAACCCCUCGGCCCCGCUGUAA